AUGUCAUCCAAAACUGGCACUUCUGCCAUUGCUGGACAGCCAAAGGCUGCCGCACUAGUGGCAACGGUCUUUCAGACGAGUCUUGAUAACUUGCUUCUCGCGGCAACGCGACACCGUAGCAUGAUCACACUGCGUGACGCGGUGCAGUCAGCACGUAUUAAAGGGUUUAGUGCGGAAGAUAUCUUCCAUACAUUUGUUCUUGCCUGUGAUACACUUCAUGGUAAACGACCGUAUCGUCCACUUCUCAUGCAGACACUUAGUGACUUGGGGAAAAUGGCCUCGUUGCGAAUGUUGCCCAUGUCAUGCAACGUUAUUCACGUCAUAUGUCACCUUGUACAAAAGCUACUGGGUCGAUGUCCGAGUGGGAAUGUCAACCUCUUGCAAAGUAGUAUUCGUAGUACAACAGUACGGGGAAGAAGUGGGUUUGAUAGUAUUGCAAGCAGCCUCCUACUGGACGGGGCAUCAACUCUUGAUGCGGAGUUUCGUGAAGGGUCAACUUCCCAAUACCCUGGUAGUGACUCGGCUAUAGAUACGCAUCCACCAGACGAGGAGCUGCAUAUGCGCAUCUUACAAACACUCAUGGCAUACUUGUCAGCCUGUGAAUUUGGCAAUGCUGCACUUGCCGAUAUUAUGAGUAUCCUCUUUCUUGUCUACACGCAGGCGACACCGGAAUCCAUGGUGGAGGCAACAUGUGCGGCAACGAUAGAAGAACGCACGCAGGCGUUGCUUCGUUGCUUACGUAGUAGUAGCGAUGCCAAACAGGUGGAGGAUGAUGGCGCCUCUUUUACGGCGCAGAUUCAGGCUGUGGCGUAUGCGAAGGAUUUGUGUGCCCUCUGCUCCGGGGCCACGCCGAAGUGGUUGAAGUUAUCCCUGCCGCGUCAUGGCUCGGUAUCCGGUGGGCCAUCGGAUUAUAUCUUUGCAGGCAUAUGGACACCACCACGUCGACUGCGUCUUUUGCUCUUGCGAACUCUCAUCACUCAUUUCACGGAGAGUGAACGGAUUCAUUCGAUACAUGAGACCAACGUCUUUUUCACGCAGUACCUGAACGAGGAUGUGGUGUCACUUGUGGUGGGUUCUGGGCGGAAGCCAUUGCAUGUUCAGCGACACCCCGAAGAAAAGAAUGUUGAACAGAAUAUGGGGACGAUGAAUCUUGUGGAUCUCGUUUUGCCAGACGAGCAACCAAACAAUGAGGAAUUUUAUCUCACGCAACAACUUGGGGUUAUUGCAAUUUCAAAGGCGCUGCCAGUUAUGCGACACGCCAUGCCAAUACUUCUUCGACAUCACGUGAUGCUUGUGAAGUUAUGCAGUGAAGGGGAGGAUGGGGAGCUGGGGGGAAAUGCACGACGCAUGGCGGUUGUGUUGACUCUUUGGCAAAAGGUCAUUGCAGACCAUGAAAUUUUGCAGCAGCUGCUUCUACUCACAGGCUCCAAUAGUGUCUUGCUUCCAAAUAGACCGCCAACCGUAUCGUCAGCCAAUAUACCGUCACCAAAAAAACAAGGAUUGCGGCGGCCAACACGAGCAUCUGAGGAUGACGCGGCGGCCCUAUUGCUGGACUCCCCUCCUGAUCAAGGUGGUGUAAUGGCAGAUAGCACAAAUGAAAAGCAUCCCUUUGCGGAUCUGGUUACUGUCACAGCAGAACUUCUCUCGGAUAUCAUUGUUGCAUCGGGUGGAAUGCUUAAUCUUGAUAACGUCAGGGCGAACGAUAAUAGGAGUCAUCCCGGCGCUUCUGCUUCUGCUGCUGCUGUUGGUGGUGGUGGUGGUGGUGGAAUUGCUGCCGCUGGUGUUAUGGGUGGCGGGAGUCACUGGAGCGCCAUUUCAAUGGCCUUUUCCCGUCCGCUGCACCUUUCGAGUACACCGAAGGCAACUCCAAACCAAGAGGACGGUGAAUCUUCCUCACCGGAGAGGGCGUUGACAAGUAUCAUGGCGCAACGACAUCCAGCGACAGGGCAGGCGGCGGACAUUCUUAGCUUCCUCACAAUAACCUCGCAGAGCUUUGCACGGGUGGUAGAGGCAUCGAAACUGGGAAGCUCCCCCACGAAAACUUGUAGUGGUCCCACCACCGUUAGCGCACGGGAGGAAUUGACAGCCCUCUUCAUCUCGCUACACUCUCCGCUUCUUCGCUGCUUUGCCCUCGCGGCCCAACACCUUCAAGGGGAUGAUGUGAUCCAUAUGGUCUUAAAGGGCGUCACACAUCUUGUGCAGACAUCCUGCAAUCUCGCAUUGCCCGCUCAGCGUGAGAGCUACCUGCAGAUUUUUGUCUCACGCCUCUACAUGAAGCGGGAUAAGCAGUUAUUGGAAGGAGAACUGGUGGGGACGCGUUCGAAAAAUAGAGUCGCGGAGGACUCUGCAUUACCCGCCAAGGUCACAGGGGCAGCUUUGGGCGUGGGACAUGGUAGGAAUUUGCCGGAUAAAGUCACACCACAAAUGAAACAUGCUACCGUUUUGCGUCGGUCGUUACAAUCUUUGCAAGAGAAACUGUACGUCUUGAACUGUGUGAUCUCCGUUGCAAACUGCAUGGGAGCCUCUCUUGAAGAAGGUUGGCGCCCUGUAGCCUCGUGUCUGAUCUUGACAGAACCACUCCUAAAGGAUUAUCAUCGUCUAAUGGAGCAGCAACAAAAGCAACCGCAGUAUG